UAAAUAUUUUCAUGACGUAAAGAGACAGUAUCUGUACCCAUCCUCUGCUGUCGUCCCCUUUAAAAAUCCAGUUUCUUGCUAAAUAAUAUUUUCGAGUAACCUGCCCGUGAGGGGGGUCAUGCGCGAUUGCAGCUGAUUUUUUCAUUUUGCGUUUAUUUAUUUAUUUUUUAAGCAAACAGCGAUCGGUAGGGUGUGAUAGGCUAUUCAUAGCCGAUGCAUCAUCGCUCUGUUGGCGAUAGUGUUGGAGUCUGCGGAUCAGAUUGCUCCUGUUUGAAUUUUUACUAGUGAUCUAUUAGGAUUUCAUCAUGCAAAAGAGAAGGAAGCCGGAGCCGAUCCAGCUCAACCCGAUUCCGGACGGGAACGUUAUAAACGGAACCGUGUCCACGGAAACAAAUCUAGAAGCUUUGCAGAAGAAACUCGAGGAACUGGAGCUCGAUGAGCAGCAAAAGAAACGUCUAGAGGCUUUCCUCACCCAGAAGCAGAAGGUUGGAGAGUUGAAAGAUGAUGACUUUGAGAAGAUCUGCGAAUUGGGCGCAGGAAACGGAGGUGUUGUCUUUAAGGUCUUACACAGGCCCUCAGGUCUCAUUAUGGCUAGGAAGUUGAUCCACCUCGAGAUCAAGCCAGCAAUACGGAAUCAGAUCAUCAGGGAGCUGCAGGUGCUUCAUGAAUGCAACUCUCCAUACAUAGUGGGCUUUUAUGGGGCUUUCUACAGUGACGGAGAGAUCAGCAUCUGUAUGGAGCACAUGGAUGGUGGCUCUCUUGACCAGUCCCUGAAGAAAGCGGGCAAGAUCCCAGAGCAAAUACUGGGCAAAGUUAGCAUUGCGGUGAUAAAAGGCCUGUCGUAUCUGCGGGAAAAACACAAGAUCAUGCACAGAGAUGUAAAACCAUCUAACAUUCUGGUGAACUCGCGCGGUGAGAUCAAGUUGUGUGACUUUGGUGUAAGUGGACAACUUAUUGACUCCAUGGCCAAUUCGUUUGUGGGCACCAGGUCCUACAUGUCUCCAGAACGCCUUCAGGGGACUCACUACUCUGUCCAGUCUGACAUAUGGAGUAUGGGUCUCUCUCUGGUGGAGAUGGCCAUUGGACGCUUCCCUAUCCCACCACCCGAUUCUAAAGAGCUGGAGCAAAUCUUCGGUCAGCCCCUCGAAGGGGACCCAUCACCUAGCGAGACAUCUCCUAAACCCCGACCCCCUGGUCGACCGGGCAGCUCAUACGGUCCGGACAGCAGACCUCCUAUGGCUAUAUUUGAGCUGCUUGACUAUAUUGUCAAUGAACCACCUCCCAAGCUGCCAAGCAUCUUUGGUGCAGAAUUUCAAGACUUUGUUAACAAAUGUUUAAUCAAAAAUCCAGCUGAAAGGGCAGACCUUAAGCAACUUAUGGUCCAUUCUUUCAUAAAGACUUCAGAGGCGGAGGAGGUUGACUUUGCCGGGUGGCUAUGCAGCACCAUUGGGCUAAACCAGCCAGCAACUCCAACUCACAGCGUGGGAAUGUGAGAGCAUCAAUCCUUUUCUAAGCCAUACCCUUCUCAUCUGCCAAUCAUUCCAGAGGCCAAACGCAAACCACUGCCUCCUGAAUUCACCCGGUCUUAUCUUAGAUGUCGUCUUGAGUAUUAAAGUGAGGUGUACAGCUGUAAUAAUGCAUCAUGCCUUUUAGGAUGCCAAAAUGUGUUCUUUAAAUGCCUUGAUAGCAUCCAGAGGGUUUUGACUCAUUUUUGAGAUUAAAGUUAUAGAUGCUUAUUUUAUUACUACAGAAAAGAAAUAAUUGCAGAUGAUUUCCCCAAAAUGUCAAUUUGUUGUGAUUAUAUGCUUUAUAAUGUCAAAGGCUAUGACUGCUAGCAUAAAGAGUGGGUACUACUUCAUUAUUUUCCUGUAAUGUUUAUUUAAUUUUAGAUAUGGUGGGUGGAUAGUAAACCAGUCAUUUAACUUGGAGAUACUUGUAUAUUAUAAUAAAAGGUUUAUUUAACAAAUGACAA